UUAACUAGGGUAGAACCACGUAAAACAGAGUAACACGAAGCUUAGCUAGCCACCGAGGGUUUCUUCGUCGUGGUUAUUAUUAUCUUGUUCAUCAAUUCAUUUCCAUUCUCACUACCUACAACACAAUCCUUCAUCGCCAAACCCUAAAACGGUACCGUUUUAGCGCGCGCAGAAGCUGAAAGUGUUCCUCUAGUUUCAGAGGUUCACUGGUCACACACCAUGGCUCUCUCAAUCGGAAAGCUCACCAUUCUCCUCGGCGCAGGUCUUUUUGGUGGAGCUAUGGCUUCUAAAGAAGGUGGAUUGGCGGAUUUUUCUGGUCUUGUUUCUGGUGCUUUCAAGGUUUUUUUAAGGCAACUUCAAAGCAAUGAUUCUACUCCAACUGUUAAAAAGCCACACAAUGAUGUGUUGCUUGAUCAGGUUAGUAACCUUCGGAAGCAAAUAGAGGAUCUUGUUAGAGAUAAUAAAGAUAUCAUUAUUGUAAAUCCAAGUGGAACAGAAGGAAGAAAAUAUGCAGCAGUGGUCAUUAUUGGGGUAGGAUGUGGAUGCCUUUGGUGGAAGGGAUGGAUUCCUCAUAUGAUGUUUGCAACAAGGCGUAGUUUAAAUGAUGCUUGUACAGGCAUAGGUAAACAGCUGGGGAAGGUUUAUGAAUCAAUUGAGGAAGCCCAGGGGAAGAUAGGUGGAAGAAUUAUCGGUGUUGAAAAACACAUAGAUCAAAUUGAAGCCAUUGCAGAUGAUACCCAAAAAAAUAUCAAUGCAAUACAACGCGACACAGAGGAAAUAGAUGGAGAUAUCAACAAGUUUCGCAUUAUAAUCCGAACUAUUGAAGAUAAAAUAACUUUAAUAGAAGGGAAUCAGGUUGCCACAAAUGAUAAAGUGAAGGGAAUGUGUCUAUUUACCGAGAGUUUGCAGAAUAGCUCGACUCCGCAGUAUAUUCAGGGAUCUUCAUCCAUGCCAGCCAUUGAGCUACCAUCAGUUUCACCAUCUUCCAGGGCUUUGCAGUCAGGUCCUUCCAGGCUAUAUCUUGAGCAGCCUUCUAUUACACCAAUAUCAAGGACUGGAUCUGUGCCUCCAACUAGGUCAGCUGAUCCACCGUCUCCAUCAAAUACUGUCGGAUCUGACCAGGAGAGUAGUCCUAUAUCUGAUGAGAGAGAUUUCUCCAGUAGUCGUGUGGAUUCGAUGAAAACUCCUCCUGCAGGAAACAAGAUCAAUGAAUCUAGUUCUGGUGGCUUUCUUGGGAUAAAUUUCUCAAGUGUCUAUGCUCCGUUGCUGAGAACUCGCAGUGUGACAAGCUCAGUAUUACAACAAACCCGACCAAGUAGUUAAUAACAGUACUGAGCCUGAUUAUUAUUUUUCGUUGGUUUCCAGUAAAUUAUCGAUGGUUGGAUAUUUUUGGGGGGAACCAAUACACCAACCAGUAAAGAGAUUGUAGAGAUGGUAUGCACCAUCAAUUACGACUAUGUCAGCGCCAGUCUUAUUAGAGAAACGACUGAGCAGUGAAUUGUGAAUUUUGCAGAGAUGCUAUUUUUCAGUUUCCUUAGAUUAUUACUAAAAUAAGAGUUUCCCCAUUAUUUAACUACUGGGGAAGGCAAGUGAAGUUUAAUAGUCAUGAACUCUUUAGUCUCCAUAUUUAUAUUUAUUUAGGAAUGAAAUAGUAAACCUUGUCAAGAAUUUUACAUGUUUGAGGUUUCUGUUGUAUAAAAUUUUUAUCCUAGUUUUAUAGCAAA